AUGAUGCUCCUAAAGGCGUCAUGCUGUGCGUCGCCAGGGGACUACCACGAUCCCGUGUCGCACAUGAUGGCCAAUGAAAGCGGGUCCAAGCCCGCUGUGCUGCUCGCUCCGUCGCCGAGCACAUGGAAGGACGGAUCGUGCCCCACGUGGUACCCCGCUUCUCCAUCCUCGGCCCUAACGGGCUCGUUUCCGCCGCUUUUCGCGCCUUCAGCACUGAGACACUGGACACAAGCCAAGUUGCGUAGGAGAUCUGAUGGUUUGCUCCCUGAUGGAUCGCGCGCCGUCAGCGGAGUUCCGAGCAGCACCAUUGUCGUGAGCAGCAGCACGAGCAGCAACAGCAGCGGCCGCCACAGCGACCAUGGCUUCGGCGGAGAGGGAGGCCCCGUAGAUGCAACGGAGCUCUGGAGUGGCGCAGACGCGGAAAUCCAGUCAGCGGGAGUGUGCGGAGAGAAACUGCCCGUGGCAAAUGCGCCGCACAUCUGCGCACAAGACGACACCGCGAAUGUCGCGAAGAGCCAGGCGGAGGCUGCGGUGAAGGGUAGCGUAGAGCCGUCAGGACUGCGCGCGGAUUGCGGCUCGAUGCUCUCCAGCUCGUCAUCGGACCUGCUGAACGACGCCGCGCGGUGCGAAGGCUGCGGCGGCGAUGCCAAAGCAGGAAGCACGGGCGAGGCGGCGAGGCCAAGUCACGUGCUGGAGAUGCUAUCGGCCGCCGUGCAGCAGCAGGAGUUCGUAGUCGUAGGCGGCGAUGACGCCCGUCACACCACAGAAUGCGCGCCGGCCGCCGUCCACGUCGGAUCGAACCACCACGUCCCGCAGCCCGCCGCGCGUCUACAGUCCGGCGGGAGUCACGUAAAGCGUCAGUGCAACCCCCCGCCCCUCCCGGCCAUGGGGCUCAAGCUGGCGGACAUCAAGCGCGUCAUCGGCCUUAAGACCGCGCCGCCCACCAAAAAGCCGCGCAAGGGCGAGUCAGUGAGUCCGUCAUCCGCGGCGGCGCAUCACGCGACGGGGACCUCAUCGCUAGCGCAUCGCCUGGCCGCGGUUCUCCCCGCCCACGCACAGCACCACUCCGCCAAGCCGCCUCUCCCCCAGUCAUGCGCGACACUCUCCGACGUGCCUGUCGCGCUGCACGCCGUCUCGUGCAGUCCGUGCGCCGACGCGCCCUCCGCGCUUGCGUGCGCCUCCGGCGCCUCGCUCCCACGCCGAGGCGGAGAGGCGCUGGACGACGUAGCGCACCAAAUGCAGUCGUGGCCCGGCCGCGCGAUGAACUGUGCCUCGCCGGCGGGCGGCGCCUGCGGCGGUGGACUGAACUGCACGGCGGACUGCAACGGUCACAUGGCCAAGGCGCAUGGCCCGCUGCCCUGCGCGCACUCACCUGAUGGCGCUGCGGAGCCCGUUUGUGCGGGAUGCGUGGGAAUGGCGGCGCACGGAGUGGCGCAGGGCGACGCGAUGCUCAUGUGCCCCGGAUGUACCCCGAGCAGCGCCAUGGCGCCUGGAUCCGACGGUCCCUGGCCCACUGCCGCUGGACACUACCACCCUUCCAGCCACCAGCAUGCGGACAUGCUUGGCCUGGAGGCGAGACUGGCUGGCGCACUGGGAGCAGAGGCAGCAGGCCCCACUGGCAUGGUGGGCAUGGCGGGCACGGACGAUGGGCGAGACGCUUCAGGACUGUGCUGCUCCGCAGACGGACUGGCAGAGAGAGGCGUGGGAGGGGCGAUGGGGACAGCAUGUGAGAAGGUGGAUGAUGAGAGGGACGUGAAGAGGAAGGAGUCCAAUAGAGUGUCGGCUCGCAAGAGCCGCCAACGACGCCAGCUGCAGAUGGAGAGACUGGAGGCAGAGGCUGUACAGCUUCGAGACACCAACGCAGCACUGUUACUGCAAGCACAGGAGGCUGAAACUCGUGUAGAGGAGCUGAUAGGCCAGCAGAGGGAGUUGCAGCGGCAGUGUGAGGCUGCUAGAAGACAGCUCGAAGCCACACACUGCCAACAAGAGGAUGCUUAG